AUGGCCGCUCCGCAACCCUCGGACGCACCCCCUUCCUCCGCGACCGGCGCUGUGCUGGUCACCUCGCAGCCGGUCCCCGAGGGCUCUCAGGAAGUACGUGGGGUGGAUUUUGAUUCCUACGAGGGCCGCGAUAUCACCGUUGCCGAGCUGGUCGACAACUUGACCCAUACGGGAUUCCAGGGCAGCGCCGUUGCCGAGGCGGCUCGCAUUAUUAACGACAUGCGAGCCUACCGUCACCCAGAAACCAGUGAAAAGACCACGAUCUUUCUCGGCUACACCUCUAACUUGAUCUCAUCCGGUCUACGAGACACGCUGCGGUACCUCGUCAAGCACAAGCAUGUGUCCGCCAUCGUCACCACGGCCGGAGGGGUGGAGGAGGACCUGAUCAAGUGCCUGGCACCCACCUAUAUGGGGUCGUUCACGACGCCCGGGGCCGGACUGCGGGCCAAGGGCCUGAACCGCAUUGGCAACCUACUGGUGCCCAAUAGCAACUACUGUGCCUUUGAAGACUGGGUGGUCCCGAUUCUCGAUCGCAUGCUGGAGGAGCAGGAGGCCGCCAAAAAGAAGGCGCUCGAAACGGGGGACGAGGAGGAUGAGCUGCACUGGACCCCUAGCCGCAUUACGGAACGACUCGGUCGGGAGAUCAACCACGAGGACUCGGUGCUCUACUGGGCCGCCCGCAACGGGAUUCCCGUGUUCUGUCCCGCGCUGACGGAUGGGUCGCUGGGCGACAUGCUCUACUUCCACACGUUCAAGUCGUCCCCACAGCGGCUGCGCGUGGACAUUGUCGAUGAUGUCCGCCGGAUCAACACCAUGGCCGUGCGAGCCGCGCACGCCGGCAUGAUUAUUCUGGGCGGCGGCGUGGUGAAGCACCACAUCGCCAACGCGUGUCUGAUGCGCAAUGGCGCGGAACAUGCGGUCUACGUGAACACGGCGCAGGAGUUCGACGGCAGCGAUGCCGGCGCACGGCCCGACGAGGCGGUGAGCUGGGGCAAGAUCAAACCGGACGCGCGAUCGGUCAAGGUGUACGCCGAGGCGACGGUGGUGUUUCCGCUCAUUGUGGCAGCCUCGUUUGCGCGCGCGGGUGCCUCCUCGACGUAG